GACCUACUUGGACUUUAAGUUUUAUUUGAAACCUCUGCUGACCUAAGAAACUUAAAACCAUUUUAAGGAGAUUUUAUCCAUUUACCAACGUUAAUAUUUAGUGUUUUUACAAUCUGUUUAUAACUACUAUGGUUAAAAAAGAAGAUAUUAGGGAAGCUUAUAUCCGUGAGACACGAAAAAUGGGUAUAUUUUGUAAGAUAUGCAGCCGACCUUCUCUUCUUAAAUGCGUGAAAUGUGAAACUAUUUACUGUUCUGCUAGAUGUCAAAUUAAAGACUGGGAUCAACAUCAGUUCCAACAUUCAAUGAAAGAUCUUUCAAUCUCUUCUUCGUCUUCGUCUUCUCGUUCUUCUUCUUGUGAUACUGUUUCGAAAAAUGCUCAAAAUGAUCAGAAAAAUAAUUCGGCAACUAAAAAUGUGGCAAAACCUUUGACUUUAGAAGAAGAAAUCCAAUUGACAGUAAAUGACGUGGCUAAAAGUGUUGAAAUGUUGGAUUUUGUAGUAUCUUCAAACAAUAAAACCAGCACUUCUUCUUCGUCUUCUUCCGAAAGUGAACCCAAACUGUUAAAAUUGGAUAAAAUUAUUGAAUCUUCUGAUAUAAGUAAAUACGAGAAAUGUUUUCAACAAAUGAAAAUCACAGAAAAGGAAAAUUUAAGAAAUGGUUCCGUUUUCUACUGGGUCAUGCCUUUAGAAGCCAAAAAUUCUUUUGAAUCAUACAAAGUUUUACUAAACAUGAUUUAUGAGUUUGAUGACAUUCCAUUGAUUCCUUUUGAGAAAUUGAAAUGUUUCAUGUCCUCUUUGGUUAUGGCUGAAGUCGACGGACAAUGGCGUCGUAUGAAGAUUUUUCAAUUGGAAAAUAAUUUCAAACGUGUAAUUCUUCAAGAUAUCGAUAGUGGCAGAAAAGAACUUCUUCAGAUGCAGAAAACCAUAAUCAAAAAACCGAAUCGAAAAGAUCUUCUUAAACCGGCGUUUGCAUUUAAAGUUAAAUUGGAGAAUGAAUCUUGCAGCAAUAAAAGCCAGUCAUAUGAAAUUGGAAAAAUAAUUGAGCUGCGAUUUAAAGCUAAGGAAAACUCGAACAAAAAUACUGAAAAUUAUAUCGCAGCAGAAGUAAAAUUAAAGGAAAAACUUGACGCUGAAGUUAAACCCGACAGUAACAAAGAAGUCAUGAAUGAACUUGUUAAAAUCGACCAAACGAUGUUUACUCUUCCAGAACGUUUCUAUGUAGAUUCAAUUGAAGUUGAAGAUCUGCCGAUUGGUUCCAAUAUUAAUAUUUUAAUUCUAAACAACUUGUUGGAAGUGGGAAAGUUACAUGUCAUGGAAAAUGUUAAAAACAAUAUUGAAUCAUUUGCUAAGAUGUGCCAAGAUAUUAAAACAUAUACUGAAUCAUAUCCAUCAAAAAAUUAUUACAAACCAGAGAACCGUGAAAUGGUUUUGGUAAAGCAUUCAGAUGGGUAUUUUUAUCGCAGUGUUUGCAUUCAAUCAAAGAAAACUGGAGCAAAAGUUUUCUUCAUUGAUUACGGUACUGAAGUCGAUGCAGAAUUUAAGGAUAUCGUGAAAUUGCCAAAAAAACUCUUUAGAAAAUGCUUCUCGCAUUCAAUCGACAUUCAAUUAGCUUCAGGACGAUCAAUUACCGAAAUUAAUGUUCAGAAAACAUUUGAACAUUUGGAAAAGAAAAUUAAUCAAAAAGUGAAUGUUAAAAUCGAAUAUUCGCCACAAAAUAAUGAAGAUUCGUCAAUUUAUUUAGCUACUUUAACUGACUCGUUGGUCGUUUAUGAAAUGUAAUUUUAUAUUCAAAUUAUCAUGUUAAAAAUCUCGGGGAAAAACAAACAACAAUAUUUAUCAACCGCCAAUACGUAUUUUAACAUGAAAGUUUCAAUUUAUUUUUCUUUAACAUCAAAUAAAAAGAAAAACUGUGACACGAAAUAAAAAAAUCUCGUUUUGUUUUCAAUCAAAUAUUUUAAUGAAUCGAAACUUUUUUGUUCACCCCAAAAUAAGUUAAAAUAAAAUAAAACUUUCAACAAUGCAAUGCUUCGAUAUUUUAUUCAUAAUUUUCAUAAAAACCGAAAAACAAAAGAGAAACGAAAAAUUAAUUUUAGUUUUUUUAAUAUAAAUUCAGUAAAAUAUUUCAAGC